CCUUUUUCUUUUAUCGACUAUAAAUUAGUUAUUUCAGUAGAACGGUUGACGUCACGUUGGUCUGUGUUGCGUGCGAUUUUUGAUGCGCCAGAAAGUUUCCGCGUUAGUUUUAAGCGACAUGAAUCCAGUAGGAAGGUGAAUGCGUCGUUACUCAAGCUCAUGCGUCAGUUAGUCCUCGUAUUGGGGCAAUUAUGCGUGCGUUUCAGUGGAACCUGUCAGGUGAAGUUGAAGGCGUCAGCCGUGCUACCGUGCAACUCUCAAUAUCACAAAAAAAAUUACGCGUUCUGUUUUUAAAGAUUAAGAAGCAGUAAGGAAUAUUACUGGGGCUGCUACUAAAGGUGAUCGUCGAUUCUUUCCUUGUAUUGACAUUCUAAAAUACUCUUAGAAGCAGUCGCGCGUUCUUGCAUAGCACAGCUGCGUCAUAGCAGACAUAUAUGGCGUUGAUUUCCACAUAGAGCAUGAAUGCACGAAGAAAAGAAACAAAAAGAUGCGUACGAACAAUUUUUCCAGUGAACGAACCGGUAUCGCGAGCGCGUGUGCAUGCAAUGUUGUGAACAAGUGUACCGCGAACGGAAUAGUCAAAUAUACACAAAUGAGCGUGAUAAUUUCGUUAAUCGAUAUUUUGAAGCCCCACUUCUCCUCGAGUGUAUCAAUAAGUUAGCACGCGUGCACACCUUCCGAUUUCUUUUUUAUUGAACUUGAAUCUUUCAAUCCUAGUUUGAUGCGUGCACAAUAAAUGUAGAUAAAUCAGGGCACGUAAAUGAAUAGGAAUAAUAUUUUAAACGUUCAAGUUAUGCUUGGCCCAGUUGCGGCCUGGAAUUGAUCGGUAUACUAAUUACUUCGAGAGCCUUGACGUCGAGUUAAUGCCGGUCACCUACUUUAGCUCAUAGACCUGAGCUGCACUCAAGUGAAGCGCUUGUAUCGUUCCUGAAGAUACAGCUAUCAGUGAGCAUAACGAACUUUUGGACUAGUGUGUUUUGCUCACGCGUAUUUGUUGGUAUUUUGUGCGUUUCGUCUCCUUUGUUUGUCGGUUACUUUCUUUCCCCACUCACCACCUCCCCCGGAGUGUGCUAGCACGCCAAGCCUGUCGCUAUACGAUAACCUCUCCAGAUAUAUUCAAACUUCCUUUCUACUUUGGUUCGGUACGGCAUGGUUCCAUCAUUUGUGCAAUUAUCGUCCUCUAUGACGGUAACGGUACGAAGACUGUCGUAUGCGUGUAACGUACGCUCUUUGUCAAUAGUAUGCGGACUGCGUUCUCUGCGGCCGCGAGGCUGACUACAGGCUGUUUCAGGGAGAGAGAAAUAAAACUUUAUUGUGUGCUUCCAUGGUAUGCCAUAAGUUCCAACGCCCUGGCGAAUGAUAAUAACUUUCUCGCAAGUUUGUGCUCUCUUUGUCAGUUCUUCUUUCCGCUCAGUUUUCCUUGCGUCAGAACCACAUUUAAAACAUGAAACAACUAGCCCAAAAUCACACUCUGCUGAAUAACUCCAACACUGACCAUCCUGAGGCUUGGAGUACCAGGAUUGCUAUGGGAACCGUACCACACAGCCGAACGACACAUGUGGGAAAGGCACGCAGUGGCCCGAAUACUUUUGACGAAAGCUGUGUACGUUCACUAAGGAAACUGCGGUAUUUGACGUUCUGUACAUUCCUAUAUAAUAUGACGUGUUGUUUCUGUUAUCUCGCAAGAAUUCAGCAGGCAUGUCUGCAAAGACGCGGCUGAUGAUCGUCGCUAUCUUGGCAGCCUGCUUCGUCUGGGAGGUGAGGGCGCAAAAUGGCGGCCUGCCGCCCGCCAUGCGUCUGCCAACGACGGAGGGAGGCGGUCAAAGUCCCAGACCAACCUGCGCGCCGUCUCCAAAACCUGGUGGUUGGCUCGCCAAUACGACGCUGCUGACACAGUUGGCCUUCUGGUUCGGCACCGUGGGACUGCUGGUCACCCUGUGCGCCACGGCCAUCUACUUCUGCUGCUUCUCGUGCGAACCCGUCCAAGUGGUGAGGCGGCAGCGGCGUGUGCACUCUGUGAUGUCCACAGAACCCCUGAUACCACCGGCGACUAGCGGGACAAACCAGCGCGAGAGCCGAAGCACUGUUCGACCGGUGCCCGUGCCAGCCGGGAACGCGUCCGGAACUGCGCCCGCAUCAACCACCUACGCUACCGUGUUCCCGCGCCUGGCACCAUUCGGUUCGCCACAGGUUAGGCCACCUGGCGUACCUGCGACCACGCAGAGUAGCCGCGGUGGAGCCCUCAGCGCCUGGUCGCCCGUUCUCGAGCCGCACCGCGAAGAGGACGAGUUUGGAUACCAGGCCCAAACGCUUCAACCUUACACCACGGGCCUACCGGCGUACAGCACGGUCGCCAGCACCGCCUUCCCGUUUAACCCGCCAGGGCCGGGUCCGCAGCAUCCGGCUGCAAUGGGCUAUCCAAGAUCCCCGCCUCCACCUUACUCUCUCCAGGGCUACCAGCAGUAAAGUGUACGGAUCUGGUACACUCUGCAUCAGCAGCGAUGGUCUAUACACACGCGUUUAUUGCACGCUAUCUCAACUUUUGUUGUUGUACGGGCUUAUUGCAGUAAAGUGCGGUAAUUCUUUUUCUGUUUUGUUUCGGUUGUUCAACUUAUUAUUUUUAUCAUUUUAUUCUCAGUGGAAGCGUUUUAUUGCUUGUUUUUUUUUUUUAACGCGGGCGUUACAUUUCUUUAACGCGCUGUUCGUUGUUGCCUUUUACCUUAUGACAAUCUUCCAUUUUUGUAGCUGCUUAUUGUUUGUUUGGGUUGUUGUUGUUUUGACGACUUCCGGUUUUAUUCAAGGGCCUUCCUGAUCUGAUCAAAACGGCCUCAAUGAGAGCUGAAUCGGACAGGCAUUGCCCUUUGUUAACUGAAAUCACCACUGGCGAAGGAAACAUUGUGCAGAAACAUCGGCGAUGAUUUCAAUUGUCAAUAUAAGCAAAUAGCCGAUCGCUUCUAAAGAGCUAUUCACUUUAGUAAAGGAGUGAUGCGCCUGAAUGCGUAUAGCUUGAUAUAUGUUGCAUUGUGGAUAUAUAAGUACCGUAUUUCGUAGUGAACAGAGGCGUUAAUGAGCUUGUCUAUAAAUGUAGUGAAGUCGGCUACAUAUCAUAAGCAUAUCCGUCAUAUCUGUGCUGUUUCCAGGGACACGAGCGCUGGCGCGAAUGGCCAAUGCAUUCCCGGCCGUCACCAUGGGUAGGCCGCGGGUAAAGCGCACGGCAGAAGAGGCCGCCGUACGCGAACGUAAGCGCGAGCGCGAUCGUGCCCUUGAGGCCGAUCCCGUGUAUCGUCAACGGCAGAGCCUCUGACCGUCCACCACAGUCAUCACAAGGCAAUAUUGUGCAAGUGUAGAGUCGUCCGUGAAAGUGUGAGUGUGUGCGUGUAAUUAACGGCUACGUCAU